ACAUCUCUCUCAUUCUCCCUCUCCCUCUGCCUGCCUCUCACACUCCCUCUCUUUCUCUCUGCCUCUCUCCAAAGCUGUUGUUACUGUGCGGCUCCUGCACAUCAUUCCACUGCGAUGGAAAUUAAAUGAAGGUAGCUUAACACGCCCGACGGAGGCAUGCUUUGAAGGAUGUAACCAGGGAGGCUGGGCACUGCCAGAUCCUGUUCCAUGGGCUGUGGAUUUGUGCCGCUGAGGCGAGGACACAGCAAUCACUCAGCCAUGCAGAAGCCCCGGCAAGAGGACUAAUCUCUCCACCUGACUUGUGGAAGCUACGUUUUUUUGUUUUGUUUUGUUUUCUGAAUUAUUUAUUCCUCCAACCACUAAAGACAGUUGGACAAUGGGGAGGGAGUGAGGUCGAUGGUAGAUUCUGUAGCCGCUGACUGCAGUCCUCUGCACACAUGGACGUGUUCAGCUUUGUGAAGAUGCCAAAGCUGACAGGCCACCGGACCAAGUCUUCAGGCUGGCCUCCCCCCUCUGGGACCUGGAGUGCCUCCCAGGGACCCCCCAAUGGAUGGGACAUGGGCUCCAAUAGAGAGGGGCGAGACUGCUACAUCAACCACGUGUCUCAGAGCAGUUCCCUGGAGGAGGUCCGUCUGGACUCUGACAGGUUUGUUCCUCCGGCCCCCCGGAAGGUGGAGAUGAGACGGGACCCAGUGCUGGGCUUUGGCUUCGUAGCAGGCAGUGAGAAACCAGUGGUGGUCCGCUCAGUCACUCCAGGGGGCCCGUCUGAGGGGAGGCUGGUCCCGGGAGACGAGAUCAUUAUGAUUAACGACGAGGCUGUCGGCUCGGCCCCCAGAGAAAGGGUCAUCGACCUCGUCAGGAGCUGCAAGCAGUCCAUCCUGUUGACAGUUGUUCAGCCGUAUCCAUCACCCAAAUCUGCGUUCAUCAGUGCAGCUAAAAAGGCCAAGUUAAAGUCUAAUCCAGUCAAAGUCCGCUUUGCUGAAGAGGUUAUCAUCAACGGCCAGGUCCCAGAAACUGUGAAGGACAAUUCACUGCUUUUCAUGCCAAAUGUUCUCAAGGUGUAUCUGGAGAACGGACAGACAAAGUCCUUUAAAUUUGACAGUAACACGUCCAUCAAGGAUGUCAUCUUGACUCUGCAAGAGAAGUUAUCCAUUAAGAGCAUCGAGCACUUUUCUCUGAUGCUGGAGCACAGGUCUGAGGGCACGGCCAGCAAGCUUAUGCUGCUACACGAACAGGAGAUGCUAACUCAGGUUACACAGAGACCGGGUUCACACAAGAUGAAAUGCUUUUUCCGCAUAAGCUUCGUCCCAAAGGACCCGGUGGACCUGCUCAGGAGAGAUGCUGUGGCGUUUGAAUACCUCUAUGUUCAGAGCUGUAACGAUGUAGUGUUGGAGAGAUUUGGCUCGGAGCUGAAAUACGACACGGCUCUGCGUCUGGCUGCUCUGCAGAUGUACAUCCUCACCAUCAACACCAAGCAGUCCCAGAAAGUCUCCCUCAAGUACAUUGAGAAGGAGUGGGGUCUGGCUUUGUUCCUGCCUCCUGCAGUGCUGUCCAGCAUGAAGGAGAAGAACAUCAAGAAAGCACUCACACACAUUCUGAAAACCAACCAGAACUUGGUGCCUCCUGGUAAAAAGUUGACGGCAUUGCAGGCAAAAGUGCACUAUCUGAAGUAUCUCAGUGACUUGAGACUGUAUGGAGGCCGGGUGUUUAAAUCCGUUCUACUGCAAGGUGAGAAACACACCGAGGUGACCCUGCUGGUCGGGCCCAGGUAUGGCAUCAGCCAUGUCAUCAACACCAAGACCAACCUGGUGGCACUGCUGGCAGACUUCAGCCACGUCAACCGGAUCGAGAUGUACACCGAGGACGAGAAGAACGUCCGGGUGGAGCUCCACGUUCUGGAUGUGAAGCCCAUCACCCUGUUAAUGGAGUCGGUCGAUGCAAUGAAUCUUGCCUGCCUGACUGCUGGCUACUACAGAUUACUGGUGGACUCUCGUCGUUCAAUCUUUAACAUGGCCAAAAGCAACACAGGAAACGCAGAUUUCGGUCACGAGGCGAGAAUAAAGCAGAACUACCAGGCCAUAGAGUGGACGUACAGCACUCCGUGCGAGGACCACAGCAACCAGCGGUACGCUCGUGAGCUACAGGACAGAGACUGUGAGUUCAUGGAGCAUGGGAGAAGUGAGAGUGACGUUCCUCCCGUCUACAUCACGGAGAUCCACCAGCCCCAGCAGAGCCUGCACAUGGCAGAGAGAGCGGAGAGGUGCAGCCGAGGACCUCACCAGCCUCACCCCCCCCCUUUCCUCAGCGUCCCCAGGGCCAAAUCCCAGGACUCCCCCCGCGGCGCCAAGGUCUCCUUCAUAUUCGGGGAGCCUCCUUUAGACCCCCAAAAUCUGGGCUACCAGCGGCUGAUGGACAAGAGCCCGGAGAUCUUGGACAACCACCGGCACAUGUACAAGCGUCUGGAGGAGGAUUACAAGAUCAUGGACCCCAUCAUGGAGGCGGACAGCUAUCAGUACGGCGCCAUCGAGGAGCCGCUGCUGAGAGACAUCUGCUACGCCGAGACGACGGACGAGGCCGAGGACGAGGACGAGGUCAGCUGCGAGGAGGACAUGAUGAUGGGAGAGAUGGACAGGCCCACUUUUCUGACCCUCUCCGGCUCCAGCGACGACAUCAUCGACCUGACUUCGCUCCCCCCGCCGCCGGAGGGCAACGACGAGGAGGACAGCGACGUCCUGCUGCACUCCCUCAACCUAGCCAUCGCCGCCCCGCCUCCGGGCUUCAGGGACAGCUCUGAUGAGGAGGAGCAGCAUGGGGCCCAGGGGCCCUCCAGGAGGGGCCAGGGCCCUAGAGAUGACAUCCCCGUGUCUGUCAUAGACUCUGUGCCCAACCCGGGCGAGGAGGGCCCGGAGGGGCCGCUGGACGAUGCCAUGGUGUCCACCUUACAGGCUCUGGAGGCCCUGGCUGCAUCAGAGGAUGAGAGUCACCCCCAGUCAGAAAAUAGCACAGGUGUAGAAAUAUCCCGGGUCUUUAGCCCAGAGUCCUCCUCAGACUCCGGCAACGAGACCAACUCCUCCGAGAUGACGGAGAGCUCCGAGCUGGCCGCCGCUCACAAGCUCUCCGAGAGCCACCUGAGGAUGUACGUGGCCACUGUGGAGGGCUACCAGACCCUGACCGAGGAGAAGACCGAGUUCCCCGUAACCCCCUGCGAGGGCGGGGCGGCCCUGGAGACCCAGGAUGACGAGGCCAGGUCCUCAGCUGGGUCCUCCUCCCAGAUCCUCCACCCGGACGGGGGAGAAAUGGAGCCUGAGACCAUGGAGACCAAAUCCCUGACUGACUACUUCAGUAAGAUGCACGUGGGCUCCGUGAUGAGCAGACAGCCAGGGAAGAUGAGAGAGGAGGAGAGCAGGAGUCAGGGCGAUGUUGCUGAUAAAUGUCACGCCAACACCCAGGAGCCGAAUAGAGAGGAGCUGCCGCAUCUGGUGGGGAAGUUGAACGCGUUCACCGUCCGAGAUUCUCAGUACAUGAACCAGUUGGACUUAGGUCGAACUCCAUUUCGAGAGAGGCAUCAAAAAUGGCAGCAGCGGUCGCCUGGGAACAAAAUGGCGGACAAUCUCUCUCCGGAUUGCGUGAGUGACUCACAGGCCUCCCACGCUGACGGGGCAGCAAUGAAGGGAGACCAGCAGGACUCUGAUGAGAGAAGCCAGCAGUUCGACGCUCGUUUACGCUCGCCUGCCAAAGACCCCCAGAGCGCAGAGGACGCCAAUCUACAGCAGCGUAACGAGCAACAGCAGCUAAGCAGGAUGUCAGCAACAGAGCAGGAUGUCACCAGACAGUACGAGUACCACCUGGCUAAGCGCAUGUCUUCCCUCCAGAGUGAAGGCAUUCACUCUCUCCAGAGCUCCCAGUGUUCCUCCAUUGAUGCUGGGUGCAGCACAGGCAGCAGCAGCUGUGUCACACCCAUGGACUCCCCCCUCUGCACAGGGGAGAACCUGCACCUCCUGUCGGAGACCUCCCUCAAGGGCCUGGGCUAUGUGUCCGGGGAGGAGAAGGCCUAUGGACCCCAGGGACAGGGGCUCCAGGGCAGGGUCAGCCAUGCUAACAUGGACCCAACCCUGCUGCGCAAGAUCCACGCAGCAACCAGUGCUGAGCCUGGGUUUGGCACUGCUAGGGAUGGGUGCCACCGGAUGCCCAAGAUAAAAGAAACCACAGCUUGCACACAGCUGGAGAAGGCUGGUGGAGAGGAUCCAUCCUCAGCUCUCUCAAACCAGGUCAAUGCCACUACCACCACCACCUCACCAGCAUCAUUAAACAGUAGCACAGAGCCCCGUGGGCCACAGCUCCAGCCCCAGCCCCGUGGGCCACAGCUCCAGCCCCAGCCCCGUGGGCCACAGCUCCAGCCCCGUGGGCCACAGCUCCAGCCCCAGCCCCGUGGGCCACAGCUCCAGCCCCAGCCCCUUCCAACCGCCCAGGCUUACCCCUCCCGCUUGCCCCCAUGUGACCCCAAGGCAGGUGGCCUCAGGAAGUCACUCAGGCUGCUGCGGCGAAGCUGGAGCAGCAUGACGAUAGGCCCUGGCAGCUUCGAGGUUCUGGUGGAGAAAACCAAAGCCACUCUGAGCGGGAGGAGCGGCCAAGACGCCCGCUCACCUGACCCCCCGAAAACACAAGGGAGAAUUUCGGCCAAGAAACUGUCCGAGAGCAUGUCCCAGGGCUCUGGGAUUUUUCCCACCACAGGCAGUAAGCUCAUUAGAGGGGCAUCCAUCAUGCUGCCAGUUUCAAGAGAUGCCAAGCAGCUCAGAGCCGUGCCAAGGCCGGACACGGGCACCUGGAGGUGCCGCGGACCGCUCAGCCACUGCUUUCUCAGGAGGAACACCCGGGAGGAUGCUGAUGGCGAAGAUGGAGAAAAAAAGGCCUCACAGGGGCUCUCCUCUGGGGAACAGAAACCUACCUCCAGAGAUGAGGAGGCGAAGAGCACAGUCUCACUGCAUGUGCCUGGAGGGUCUCACACAGCCGAGCAGCUCGACAGGGCCAGCCUAAGAGGCAUGAGCCUCAAAGCCAGGCUUGCCCGAGUGAACUCCAUGAAGGGCAAGACCUACAGCCUCCCAAGGGGGUUCCCAGACGCACGGAGAGAUGCCCUGGAGAUGAUUGUUCUGGUGCGCUCCAGCAUGGCCCGUGAACACAGCAGCGGGAGGUCAGAGGUCGACGAGAUAGACCCGGGGAAGUACAGCCAGCUGCUCUCAGUGGAGGCCAAGGCGCUGGGCAGCGCCUGCAGUCAGAUGGCCGUGGUGCACGGCGACCCCGAGGAGCUGCUUCUCAGCCUGACUCACAGCUUCCACACGCUCUGCUGCCUCACGCAGGCCUGCAUGUCUCUGCUGGACGGCCCGGGCAGCCCGGCCCAGCAGAGAGCAGUGGGAGCCACGGUGGACGAGCUCGUCAUGAACUACGUGUGUCUGCUCCACGCUGCGGAAGCGUCUUGGGACAGCGCCCCUAGUGGCCAAAGUGUGAACACGUUGGCACGUCACUCCGCCACCAUGUCUGCCAUUGUCAACACUCUAACUUCCUCACUUAAAACACUGUUCAGUAAGUAAACACACGUCCGUCUACACAGUGUCAUUAGAGAUUUCAAAGCCAUACAUAGGAGACGAGGGUUCAUUCUACCCAACCAAUGUGAACUGCUGUGACAAACCUUGCCUUGUGUAUAUUUUGUUUGAUAUGUAAAGUAAAAUGAAUUAUAUGAAUCCGAUAUGACAAUUUUAAAAGAGAUUAUAUUCAGGCCUCAGAGAGGAAAGAAGUGAAUUUAAGAUGAUAUCACCCGAUGUUACCUGAUAGCUAUAAUUUCAAUUAAUGAUAAACACAUUGUGGGUAUUAUUGUGCAGAUGAACCCUGAUAAGUGUCUGUCCUUCCCUUAUUUGUAUUAAAUACUCUAUGUAUAAACAUUAUUUUACAUAUUGCACAUGACAAAGAUAUUAUAAAAGAUGAUAUUAACAGCUCUAGACAAAUCAAUGCGCAAGACAAGACAUAUUAUAUGAUCAAACAAUCCACAUGACCUCAGUCUUUUGCAUUUUCUGAAUUCAACAUAGUUUUAUGAAUCCUUUGCACAUGAUCACUGAGUAUGUACUUGUUAUUUUUGCCACCACGACUACGUAUUAAAAGUUGAA